GGCCCAGGCAGCAAACUGCUUUUGGUUUUCGGCGCUAGGGAGGUGCGAGGUCCGGGGUGUGCACUUCCUUUACCAGCCUGCGACCUCGUGGUUGAACAUUAAAAUGCUACGGUAGAAGGCUGCCAGCUAGAUUGAGCUGCGUAUGUCACAGGGUCGUUUUGUGGACCGGCUGAAUGGUGGGAGGCGAGAGACCUGGCUUCCUGUGCUUUUUCUACCACGAUGUGUUUUGUGUCUUUGUUUUGAUUUUUUUUUUUUUUUAAUUUUGACGUGGCCUAAGUUUACUUGGCCUAAACUCUCUGAAUCUUGAUUUCCCCGUGUCUAAAGUAAGGGGCCGUCUUCAAUCUCAGACAUUCCAUCCUUCGUGUGUCUACCAUCUAUCUAGUGCUAACACAGGGCACAUCUUGAAUGCAGACACGGAACUACUAGUGAACCAUUAUAUAGAGGCAGCGUGCACCCCCAGCAAUGAGAGUGGCCACUCCAAGCUCCUCCCUGGGAACUAAACUCAGCAUCUCAAAUCAAGCCGCCAGAGCUUUGAACUGUUUCCUGGAUUUACCUUUGGUGCAUUCAUACUUGUGUUGCACGUUAGUUCUGUGGCUAAUUAUCCCAGCGGAAAAGUAGGAAAGUCAUGCCAUGGAAUGGUUCCUGAACACAGUCAUACUGCACGUUCUGACCCUGUUCACAACGUUUCAGUGAGUCAGAUGACAUUCAGACCAGGAGACCAGAUUGAAGUUACUUUGUCAGGGCUACCAUUUAGAGGCUUUCUUUUAGAAGCACGUAAUGCUGAGGAUUUGAGUGGCCCUCCUAUUGGCUCCUUCACAUUGAUUGACAGUCAAGUGUCACAGCUUCUGACCUGUGAGGAUGUACAGGGAUAUGCUGUGAGUCACACAAAUCCAUCCAAGAAAACAAAAAUUAAAGUCUACUGGAAUGCUCCAAGCAAUUCUCCGAAUCACAUAAAGUUUCUAGUCACAGUUGUUGAGAAGUAUAAAAUCUACUGGGUGAAGAUUCCUGGCCCUGUAAUUUCACAGCCCAAUGCACCGCCUUUUACAACACCUGAAGCUACAGUAGCACCUUUGUCAACAUUACCUCCUGUAUCCCAUUUAACCAAAUCAUUCAGUGCUUCAGAUUGUGGGAACAAGAAGUUCUGUAUUCGGAGUCCUUUGAACUGUGACCCAGAGAAGGAGCAUGCCUGUUUCUUCUUGUCCUUCACACGAGAUGACCAAUCAGUGGUGGUUGAAAUGAGCGGUCCCAGUAAAGGCUAUUUAUCCUUUGCGUUUUCUCAUGACAGAUGGAUGGGUGAUGAUGAUGCUUAUGUGUGUAUUCAUGAAGAUCACACUGUGCACAUACAACCAUCCCGUUUGAUGGGGCGAAGUCACCCUGUGAUGGACUCCAGGGGUGCUCUUGAGGAUAUGGCUUGGAGGCUGGCGGAUGGUGUUAUGCAGUGUUCUUUCAGAAGAAACAUUACCCUUCCUGGGGUUAAGAACAGAUUUGAUCUAAACACAAGCUACUACAUCUUUCUAGCAGAUGGUGCAGCUGACAAUGGUCGAAUAUAUAAGCAUUCUCAGCAACCUUUGAUUACAUACGAGAAACAUAAUGUGACAGACUAUCCAAAGAAUGUGGGAGGCUCCCGUUCUUUAUUUCUUCUGAAGGCUCAUGGUGCUUUAAUGUUUGUGGCAUGGAUGACUACUGUUAGCAUAGGUGUGCUCAUGGCUCGGUUCUUCAAAUUUGUUUGGGCAAAGCCUGUUUUUGGUCAAGCAGCUUGGUUUCAGGUACAUCGGACGCUCAUGCUCACUACUACUGCCCUCACCUGCAUUGCUUUUGUUCUGCCUUUUAUUUACAGAAGAGGCUGGAGUUGGUAUGCAGGUUAUCACCCAUACCUUGGCUGUAUAGUGAUGGUUUUAGCAGUUUUUCAGCCUCUUCUGGCAGCCUUCAGGCCACCUUUAUAUGACCCCAGAAGGCAAAUGUUUAACUGGACGCACUGGAGUAUGGGAACAGCUGCUAGAAUAAUAGCAGUGGCAGCAAUGUUCCUGGGAAUGGAUUUACCAGGACUGAACCUUCCUGGCCCAUGGAAAACCUAUGCAAUGACUGGAUUUGUAGCCUGGCAUGUUGGGGCUGAAAUUGUCCUGGAGAUACAUGCUUACCGACUUUCUCGAAAAGUUGAAAUAUUGGAUGAUGCCAGAAUUCAGAUCCUUCAGUCAUUUACUGUAGCUGAAGCGGAAGGACAUGCUUUUAAAAAGGUGGCGUUAGCAGUUUAUAUCUUUGGGAAUGUGACUUUUCUCAUCAUAUUCUUAUCUGCAAUCAAUCAUCUAUGAGCAAGCAAAGACCUUGGCUUUGCAGACCAGAUGAUAAUUAUCGUUAAGCCAAAGAAACUUGAAGCCUGUACCGACUGCCUGGAACGUAUUCAUGAAUUCUAAUUUGGAAGACCAGGCCAUGUCUGUAGAGGAAUUCCGAACUAUGGUCCUUAGGGAUCAGCUUUCAGCAGGGUCCUAUGGAUUCGAAAAAGGAUAUCAAGCCUUUGUGUGUGAUUCUGAGUGUUACCAAGGAAGGUUGUACUUGAGGAGAAGUGAUUAUCAAAUAUUUUCUAUGAUGAGAUUUUUAGAAUGUUAGCAUUUAAGAAAAUAACUGUUUGGAAAGGCAGAAAUGUUGUCAUUCGGAUGAAAUGGGGAUUCUAUUAAGGUACAUGUAUUUUGGGCUAUACAGGUGCUGUGGUACUUUAAAGAAACCAUCUAUACUUGUUUAUCAGGAUGGUUUUUCUUAGGACUUUUUGUGAAACUAUGUUUUCCAGUACAGUGUUUUGGACAUGUCCUUUUUUCUGUGUGUUCUGUUACUUCUCUGGUAAAGGUGGAGGUGGGGUUAACAUUAUAUUCACAUUUAAUUAUAUGUGAAUAUUAUAAUUUCUUUCUUAGUGAUGAAAUGCAAGUAUGCAUCUUCUGCUUAAGACUGUAUUUAUAUGGGCGCCUGGGUGGCUCAUUUGGUUAAGCCUCCGACUCUUGAUUUCAGUUCGGGUCAUGAUCUCAUGGUUCGUGAGUUUGAGCCCCACACUGGGCUCUGUGCUAACAGCGCAGAG